AUGGCCCCCUACAAGAGAUGGGAGCCCCUCCCCAAGAUCCACUACGGCUUCUCCAUCCACCCCUUUGUUCCGGAGAUCGACGCCCUUGACCCCACCUCGACCCAGUUUGAGCACCUCGCACCCGCCGCGCUCGAGGCGCUCCAAAACGACCUCAUCGCCCUCGAGGUCGGCGACGAGGUCUACGUCUUCGAGCAGCUCGGGCACGCCAACGUCAGCUGGUACCGCGGCUACGUCGUCUCGACCCAGCGCACCGCCACCAGCGCCACCAGCGCCAGCAGCCUCAGCGACUACUCGGCCCUCCCCGGCGCGGCUGCCUCGGCGGCGGGCGCUUCGGUCGACGAGGAGCCCCAGGUCUACGUCGGCAUCUUUCCCGCCUCGCACGUCCACAUCCGCGAGCAGCUCGACGAUGCCGAGCUUCGCCUCUCGUCCAUCUACGCCCAGGCCCAGGAGCUCGGCAUCCUCGUCGAGCGGCCGCCGCCCCCGCUGCCGAGCCUCCAGUGCGGCGACGAGACGGCCGCCGGGUCGGCCGAGCCGCUCGUCGACGAGAUUGCCUGCGCGCUGCGCGAGUGGGCGGCGCUCAUGUACUCGUACCUCGGGCGGCGCGACUACGCCCUCUUUCUCACGGUCAAGGAGCACAUCGAGGUGCUCCACAUGGCGCGCCGCCAGCUCCUCGCCCAGACGCUCAGCGCCGAAGAGGUGGGCCGGCUGCGGCGCGAGUGCGUGGCGCGCCUGGUCAAGGGCAACGUGGCCCAGGGGCUCGACGUGAUCGUGCGCCACCCGGGCCGCGGCGGGCUGGUCGACGUCGACUUUACGGCCAAGGACCGCGACCCGGACAGCUGGGUCAGCGCCCUGCGCCUCUUUGCGCUGCAGGCGGCCUCGGCAUACGUCGACCAGGACGACGAGUCCGGCGGCGGCGGUGCCGGGGGCGGUGCGGGUGCCAUGGACUUUGCCGCCUCCAACGCCUUUGGGCUCACGAGCCCCUCGACGACUGCCUCGGGCAUCCUCGCAUCGACCUACUCGCGCAAGACGGCCACUUCGCUCACCCGCCAUGCGUCGAUCGCGGCGGCCGCGGCGGGGAUCCGCACCGGCGGUGCCCAGGCGGGUGCCGGCGGCGGUCUCAACGGCGGCGGGUACUUCCACGUGCUGCUCGACCUCAAGGCGUUUGUGGCGAGCCCGUGCAGCGCCGGCGAGACGGCCGAGCUCUACUUUUCGCUCUACAACCGGGCCGAGUCGCGCUUCCUCACCGAGGAGUUCUGCGUCAUCCUCAACCACAACGGCGCGCCCGUGCGCGAGACCGAGGGCCGCCUCAACCGGAUGCGCGCCCUCUUCACCGACCUCAGCGCCGCCGACAUGCUCGACCUCAACGUCGUCUGCCGCAUCGUCCGCACGGGCGCCAUGCGCCUCGGCGGCGCCGCUGGCGACCCGACCUACGACGGGCGGAUCGUGGAGCGGGGCGACAACGGCGCCGCGUUCCGCAACAGCCGGAUGGCGUCGGACCGCACCUUCCGCCGCCCCUUUGGCUGCGCCGUGCUCGAGCUGGGCCAGCACCACCGCUUCUCGCCCGACGCCGCCAGCUCGUCGACGAUGCGCGAGCACGUCAUGCCCAUCUUUGUCCCCGUCAACGAGGCCGCCUUCAGCACGCUCCACCAGGACAUUAUCGCGUCGCGGAUCAAGGAGUUUGAAAAGUCGCCGCGCGCCGACAUGCUCGCCGUCAACGUCAAGGUCUUCCACGGCGAGACGUCGGCGCUCAUCCGCGAGAACCCGUCGCUGCUGGCCGACACGCCGCUGACGGCGAGGCUCGGCUUCCCCGACGUCGUGUUUCCCGGCGACAAGAGGAACGAGGCGUACAUCAAGCUGUGGAGCGGCGAGUUCUACCCGCUCGGCGGCAAAAUGUCGGGCGGCGCGCUCAAAAACAUCCAGGUGUCGGCCGAGGUGCGGACGCGCGACGGCCGGGUGGUCGAGCACGUCAUCUCGCGCGGCGCCGGCGAGGCCCCCGUGACGCAGUUCGACAGCAUCGUCUUCUACCACCAGAACGCGCCGACAUGGGGCGAGCUGCUCAAGCUGCAGCUGCCCCACGACAUCAUGGAGGACUGCCACAUGUUCUUCUCGUUCCGCUACCGCAGCUCCAAGGAGGAGCGCGCACUCGCCUCGGCGGCAUCGUCGACGGCAGCGUCGUCCAACGGCGCGGGCUCGUCGUCGUCGGCGUCAGCGUCGGCGUCGGCGUCGUCGUCGCAGGUCGCCGCGCAGCAGCAAUCGCAGCGGCCCUUUGCGCACGCCUACCUGCCCCUGUUUGAGUCCAACCGCGCCUUCAUCCCCGACGGCAGCCACACCCUCUUCCUGUGGCGGGUCAACCGCCCACCUUCGCAGAUCGGACCGGACCUCUACUUCAACCUGCCGCCCGUGGUGCCCGCUGGCCGCACGCCCGCCGAGGCGGUGCCGGCCAACCUCGCCGCCACCGUCCAGCCGCUGCGCGACAUCCUCACGCUGCGCACCUUCCUCGUCUCGACCCAGUACACGCAGAACGACGUGCUCCUCGAGCUGCUCAACUGGGAGCGCGCGCUGUCGUCCGACUUUGAGGAGCUGCGCAGCGUCCUGACCAAGUUCACGUUUGUCGGCGAGGUCGAGAUUGUCAAGUUCCUCCGCGACAUCUUUGACGCCCUGUUUGGCAUCGCCGCCUCGAACCGCAACGCGCGCGGCGAGCUCGACGACCUCGUCUUCAACGGCCUCGUCACCGUGCUCGGCAUCGUCCAGGACCGAAGGUUCACCAACUUCCGAGCGACUCUCGACGUCUACAUCGAGCGGCACUUCCGGUACACGACGGCCCACACGCGGCUGAUUGCGUCGAUGUCGAAGCUGCUGGCCGAUCCGGGCCGGCUCGAGACGUCAAAGGACCUGCGCGCGGCCAUCAAGGUGUGGCCCUACCUGUUCCGCUUCAUCAUCCAGAGCCGGCAGAACCAGCGCGGCGAUCGCGGCGUCGGUGGCGGCACCGUGCUCGACCACCUCGAGGCCGGCUUCAAACGCGAGCUCGACGGCCUGCUGCGCAGCAUCAACAGCCUGAUGAGCACGACCAAGCCGAGCUCGAUCAUCGGCACCCAGACGCUGGCGCUGCAGCACUUUGCGGGCAUCCUGCCGGACCUGUCCAAGGCGUUCACGCUCGACGAGCUGGUGCGGAUCGCCAUGUCGUUCACCGACAGCGUCUUCAUCACCAAGGGCAGGAUGGCCAUCUGGAAGCUGCUCCACAUCCUCCAGAUCAGCCAGGGCCCGCUCUUUGAGAGCCACGCGGCGCGCUCGCAGCUGAUCCCCAGCGUCGUGCGCUGGAUCCGGCCGCACCUCGGCCGCUACGACGAGGCGUCGCACGUCGGGCCCAACGAGCUCGAGACGGCCCGGGACACGGCGCGCGUCGCCUGGUUCGAGGCGGCGCGCCUCAGCGUCACCAUCCUUGCCGUUAUCCUCGACCGCCUCCAGACCAGCCUGGCGGCCGUCGCCCGGCAGCGCGGCCAGGCGUCCUCGGCCGCCGCCGACGCCGAGCUGCGCCAGGAGCAGGACAAUGUCGACUACGUGCUCAGCACCAUGCCGAAGCUGCUCGAGACCUACCAGGAGUUUGGCAGCCGCGCCAUGAUCAAGACGCUCCAGCGGCACCGCGCGCCCUCGACGACGGCCUCGACGGUGCCCCACCUCGCCAGCUUCCUCGAAGAGGAGCGCGACCUCGGCGGCCACGAGCUGUGCGGCAAGUUCCUGUCCAACUUUUUCGAGGUGGCGUCGUCGAUCCUGCUCAACGAGGCCUUCCCCGCCACCUGGCUCAACAUCAACAUCCUCGCCCACCAGAUGGUGCUCAAGAUGGCCGACCCGCUGGCGGCGAUGCUGGUGCGCGACUUUAUACCGCCCGCCGACCGGAGCCCGAGCUUCGACACCGAGCUCUGGCGCUCCGGGCUCGGCAUGCUCCUGACGCUGCUGUCGAGCGAGCAGCUGGUCAUCGAGCAGUUUAAGCCGCAGCGGCGCAGGGCCGUGUGGCGCCUCGCCGGUGACAUCCGCGGCGAGGGCGCCCAGAUCUUUGCCAAGCUCUGGACGUCGAUCGGCUGGCCAGAGAAGCUGCCGAAGGAGGGCGAUCUCCAGCAACAGCAGCAGCAGACCGGCGCCGGCGCCGGCGGCAGCGGCGGCGGGAGUCUCGAGGCCAGCACCGAUUCCGACGUCCUCGCCAAUGGCGACAGGAACGGCGGCGACGACCAGAUGAACACGGGCGGCUUCCAGGUGCAGUUUGUGCCCUCGCUCGUCGAGCCGGUGCUGGAGCUGUGCCUGUCGCACCACGACGAGCUGCGCACGUGCGCGGUGCGGGUGCUGGCGACCAUGAUCACGUCCGAGUGGCACCUCAACGGCGACUUUACCGUCAUCGAGGCCGAGAUCAUCGACAAGCUCGACAUCCUCUUCAUGACCGACACCAAGGGCGACGAGAUCUCGCGCGCCUUUUUCAUCGGCCAGCUGCGCUCGCUCUUCGACAGCCCGCACGUCGACGAGCGGCUGCGCGAGCAGGUGCACGCGUGCCUCGUCUCGGUCAACCGCUUCCUCGACCUGCUGCUCAGCGUGCGCAGCCUGCCGCUCGAGGAGGGCUACGAGGACGACCGGAUCGCGGGCACGCUCAAGCUGCUCGGCUUCCUGCGCCAGGCCAACCGCGUCGCCGCCUUCUCGACCCACGUGCUGCGCCUGGCCAACCUGCACCUCGAGAACCUCAACUACGUCGAGGCGGCGCUGACGCUCAAGCUCCACGCCGACCUGCACACGUGGGACAUGGACAGCUUCGUCGAGCCCAUCCCGGAACUCGACCUGCCCAAGCAGUCGCACUUUGCGCGCAAGGAGACGCUCUACAUGCUCAUCCUCGAAUACCUCGCCAAGGGCGAGGCGUGGGAGAUUGCCAUCGACAUCUGCCGCGAGCUGGCGCAGCAGUACGAGUACCGCAGCGUCAACUACGCCCGCCUGGCCGAGGUGCUGCAGCACCAGGCCGCCCUCUACCAGCGCAUCUCGACGACCGAGCGCACCUUCCCGUCGUACUUCCGCGUCGCCUACUACGGCCUCGGCUGGCCGGCGUCGAUGCAGAACAAAAUGUUUGUCUGCCGCGGCCUCGAGUGGGAAAAGUUUGCCGCCUUCUGCGACCGGCUCCACGCCAAGCACCCCAAGGCGACGCUCAUCAAGAGCACCGGCGCGCCCGGCGACGACGUCCGCCACGCCGAGGCCCAGUUCCUCCAGGUCACGGCGCUCCAGCCGGAGCCGGACCGCACCAAGGACAUCUUCACCAACCCCGAGGUCGCGCCCAUCGUGCGGGCCUACUACGAGCACAACGCCACCGACCUCUUCUCGUUCACCCGCCCGCUGCCGGCGCCCAGGGCGGCGGCGGAGUCGCAGCCGGCCGCGGUCGAGUUCCAGGAUGUGUGGGUCGAGAAGACCUACCUGCGCUGCGAGGACGCGUUCCCGACGGUGCUGCGGCGCAGCGAGGUGGCCGAGGUCUACGUCGUCGAGAUCAGCCCGCUGGAAAACGCGCUCAACGACGUCCAGGCAAAGACCGACGAGCUCGAGACGCUCGAGAAAAAGUACGGCGCGCUCGGCAAGGUGGCCGCCGGAGCGGGUGCGGGCGCGGGUGCGGGCGGCGCCGGAGCUGCGUCGGCGUCCGCCGGCGGCCGCAUCAACACCAACCGCCUCUCGAUGGCGCUCAACGGCGCCGUCGACGCGCCCGUCAACGGCGGCAUCCCGAUGUACAAGCGGGCGUUUUUCGCGCCCGCCUACGCCGAGGCCAACCCGGACAAGGACGAGCUGCUGGCGCGGCUGCGGGCCGCCAUCGACGAGCAGGCGCUCGUCAUCUUCCGGUGCAUCCGCCUCCACGCCCAGCUGUGCCCGCCCGAGAUGCGGCCGUUCCACGACACGCUGCAGCGCUUCUUCGCCCAGAGCUUUGCCGACGAGGUGGACCGGCUCGAGCUCGACGUGUCCCGGCUGGGCAGCGACGCCGCGCCGACGCACGCCUCGCUCGAGUCGCGCGACGACAGCCUCGACGACGGAGGGCGGCCGGAGCGCUUUGCGUCGCGCAACUUUGCCUUUGGCGCCAUCAACCAGGGCGGCCUGGCGAGCUACAACGAGGGGCGCCACUACUCGCUCGACCGCAGCAGCCGCGCCCAGCAGGCCGGAUCGCAGGAUGCCUACGCCGCCGCCGCCGCCGCCGGCGCGCGGGGCCAGGGCGGCGGCGGCGGGUCGUCGAGCCUGUUUUCGCGAUCGGGCGGCGGAGGCGGUGGAGGCAACCGGCUGAGCAAGCUGAUGAGCGUGCGGAGGAAGCCGUCGCAGCACAGCGGGUAA